AAAAUUGUCUCCAUCAAUAGUGAAACAGUAAGAAAUUAAGAGAAGAAAAAAAAGAAAGAAAAAUGAAGUUUUUCUACUUUGUAUUACCCAUUUUUUUCUUGGCUGUUAAUAGUGUCAGCAGUCAACAAAAUACAACCGAAGACGAAGUAAAAGAUGCCAAAAAUCAGUUAAUAACAUUUGUUGAUUGCUAUAAAAAAGGUAUUAACGAUGAAAUUAAUCAUAUACCGAGAAAUACCGCUAAAGCUCAGGCUGAUAUUAGAGUGAAAGUGGAAAGUAUGAGGAAUUCAAUGUAUGAUAUUUAUUUUUCUAAUGAUCAAAAGUCGAAUGAAGAACUAAAACUGGGAUUGAAGAAUAUUAUAACAAAUAAAACUGAAUGUUUCAAUGAAUUAGUUGCGUUUGAAACCACGAGUUGGCCAAUAAUGGAAAACACACGUUCUUGUUUAUUAUCAAAACUCAAUGAAGUUGAGGAAUACAUUCAAAAUGUGACAGUACAAGCAAGAGCUCUGUUAACAGAAUAUAAUGAAUUUAAAACUAAAGCUGAAGAUUGCACUAAACAUCCAGGCUGUAAAUAUGACGAACAAUUAGCUUGCAUUGAUGAUGUUCGUAAGAAGUCAAUGGAUUUCUUGUUGAGUAAACUAAACAAAGGACAUUUAAAAAUUAUCCACAUAGACGAUGUAAUUUAUGAAAUUUCUAGUAAAUUACCAGAAUGUAGGACUCAAGAAUUAAUUGACUUUGAAAAUAGUCAAAUUGUUAAGGAUAUGCAAAACUGUAUCAACGAACAGAAUAAAUAGAAAAUAGAAAUUCAUGUAAAUAUUAAAAGUAAACUUAUUUAAAAAAGAUUAAUUAAUUAAUUAUUUAU